AGUGGGGUGUGGGGCCAAGCUCACAAGUGGGGUGCUGGGCUGAGCUCACAAGUAGGGUGCGGAGCUGCCAGCAUCUGCAGGAGAAGGCAGGCCCUCAGUGGUAUCUAGGGACUCUUGCCCCAGGGCAGUCACACCCUCCUGAGUCCAAGCACGGAAAGCCUCAGAACUCUCCCCGUCCUCCUCAUGGCAUUCUGCAACCUCUCCAGCCCACUGGAGCUGGACUUGAAAUGAAACCCACUUAUGUCUUCCUUAGAUACCAGCCCAAAGUUGAGGAAAGAAAAUCGUUUCCCAGGCUCAGUGUCCUAACUUCCUAAUUGCAGGGGCUAAGUCUCCUUUGGCUCUGUGUCACACCCCCAGUUACAAACUUUGAUGCCUCCCCAAUGUCUCAGGUGCCAUCUCAUCAGCAUCCCCCUGCCGCCACAGCCCCUCUUCCAGCCGCAGCCCCAAUGCUGGCCUGCAUUUGCCUAGAUCAAGUCUCCCACCCCCCCACCCCGCUGAGCUGAAAGCUCCUAGCUCUAUCUCCACACACCACACACGGCCAGGCGUGGCCUAGCACAGCACCUUCCACCCAGGUGCCUCCCCUUCCCUCCUCUGCUGGGCUUGCUCUACUUGACCUUGAAGGCUCAGCUCAACCGUGUCGUCCCAGAGGCCCACCCUGACUCCCCAGAUUUCCAUCUCCCUGCUGCAACUUGCAGCGCUGGCCUUAGCCCUGGUGACCCUGAAUUGAGCUUGCUGGUUACAUGGGGGCCUCCCCCAUCCUCUGAGCUCCCCCGUAACUGACCCUGACCCUGUCUGGGUCCAUCAUGCAUCUCCCUUACAGUGCCCAGCAUGGCAUCAGACUCACAGUGGGCACUGAUGAUGUCGGCUGAACUGACUCUGGGCCCCCGGUCCCUGAGGCAGGCAGAGUGAGGGCUGAUUUGUGGGUCCAUGCUGAGAACAGAAUGCAGGGCCCUGGUUGGAUGUCCGCCCCAGGACCAGAGUUGCAGAUCUUCAGCCCUGCCUUGGGCUGACUGUGGGACCCUAAGCAAGGCUUUCUCCCUCUCUGGGCCUCAGUGUCCUUCUCUGUCCAAAGACAGGCCCAAAAGCUCUGUGCCAGAAAGUGGACAGUGAGCAGGAAGUGGAGCCCAGAUUUUCAGCCUCUGGAGGCGUCUUGGAAAAUCCCCAGUGACCCUUGUCGCUCGAAACUCCCAGAUAAGGAGAUUGUGGGGCAAUAAAUCUGUGUGGAGUUUUGUCAGAUCCUGAUUUGGGGGGUUAAACAGGAAGAAGCUCUGCUGUGUCUUCAGAAGGCCUAGGCAGGAAGGAGACCAGCCUUCUGAGGACAGCUGACAGGUGGACAAGCUCUGCCGCCCUCGAGGUCCUGAGUGUGUCUGGCGUGUGCAGGCUGCAGCGCCCUCACAGAUCAUCCUAACAGAUGUCAUGGCACCCCCAGUACCGGAGCUCCAAGUUCCGCCAUGUCUUUGGCAAACCAGCCAGCAAGGAGAACUGCUACGACUCUGUGCCUAUCACCCGCAGCGUUCACGACAACCACUUCUGUGCCGUGAACCCCCACUUCAUUGCAGUUGUGACUGAGUGUGCUGGUGGAGGGGCCUUUCUUGUCAUCCCCCUGCACCAGACAGGAAAGUUGGACCCCCACUACCCAAAGGUCUGCGGGCACAGAGGGAAUGUCUUGGACGUCAAGUGGAACCCUUUUGAUGAUUUUGAGAUCGCCUCCUGUUCUGAAGAUGCUACAAUUAAGAUCUGGAGCAUUCCCAACCAGCUGCUGACUAGAAACCUCACGACCUGCAAGAAGGAGCUCGUGGGCCACGUGCGCAGAGUGGGCCUGGUGGAGUGGCACCCCACGGCCGCCAACAUCCUCUUCAGUGCCGGCUAUGACUACAAGGUGAUGAUCUGGAACCUGGAUACAAAGGAGUCUGUCAUCACAAGCCCCGUGAGGACGAUUACCUGUCACCAAGAUGUGAUCCUCUCCAUGUCCUUCAACACCAACGGCAGCCUGCUGGCCACCACCUGCAAAGACCGCAAGAUUCGGGUUAUUGACCCCCGAGCAGGGACCAUCCUCCAGGAGGCCAGCUACAAAGGGCACCGGGCCAGCAAGGUGCUGUUUCUGGGGAACCUGAAGAAGCUGAUGUCCACGGGCACAUCGCGAUGGAACAACCGGCAGGUGGCCCUCUGGGACCAGGAUGACCUCUCUGUGCCUCUGAUGGAGGAGGACCUGGACGGCUCCUCGGGUGUGCUGUUUCCCUUCUAUGAUGCAGACACCAGCAUGCUCUACCUGGUGGGAAAGGGAGAUGGCAAUAUCCGCUACUAUGAGGUGAGCACCAACAAGCCUCACCUGAGCUACCUGACUGAGUACCGCUCCUACAACCCACAGAAGGGGAUCGGUGUCAUGCCAAAGAGAGGACUCGAUGUGUCCUCCUGCGAGAUCUUCCGCUUCUAUAAGCUGAUCACAACCAAAAGCCUCAUCGAGCCCAUCUCCAUGAUUGUGCCUCGGCGGUCAGAAUCCUACCAAGAAGACAUAUACCCACCAACAGCAGGGGCCCAGCCCUCCCUGAUGGCCCAGGAAUGGCUCAGCGGGAUGAAUCGAGAGCCAAUCCUGGUGUCCCUUAGGCCUGGCUCUGAGCUGCUGAGCCCCCGGCCACUGCCUGAAGAGAGACCUGUCUUCAACUCCGUGGCCCCAGCCUCACCCCUGCUCUUGAACCAGGCAGAAAAGCUCGCUGCAGAAGAUGGCUGGAGGCCUUCCUCCCUGCCGGAGAAGACCCCAAGGUGGUCAGGAGAACACAGGCCGGAGGAGAAGAGAUCCUGGCUGACAAAUGGCUUUGAUGUUUUUGAAUGCCCCCCACCAAAGACAGAGAACGAGUUGUUGCAGAUGUACUACCGGCAACAGGAAGAGAUCCGAAGGCUCCGGGAGCUGUUGACCCAGCGAGAGGUCCAAGCCAAACAGUUGGAACUGGAGAUCAAAAACUUGAGGAUGGCCUCAGAGCAGCUCUGAGCAGAGACCUCUGCCCUCCGUACCCUCAGGGACACCACUCGGCUCCGUGGGGAGGUUCAGAACCAAACCACAAGUCCCCCUAAGAACAACCACUAUUUCUAUAUUUUAUACCAGAAAACAAAAUUCUCAGUCGCUGAAAGAGAUUCCAGUGGGACAUGGUGCCGUUUUUCUAUUUGCCUUCUUGCAACAACAGUUCUGAACUGACUUUGUUUUUAGAUGAUGCCUUCUGUUGAAUUCUAUUGUUAAGGGUCCACGAUGAGCUAAAACUUCUCAAGGGGAAAGAACACAGUAGAAAACUAGAGCUGGAAGGACCUAGGUUGACCUGCCUGUGAUUUUCAGACUGUGGUCCAGAGACUAGGGGAAGACCGGGCCAGAUGCAGUGGCUCAUGCCUGUAAUCCCAGCACUUUGGGAGGCCAAGGUGUGCAGAUUGCUUGAGGUCAGGAGUUUAAGACCAGCCUGGCCAACAUGGUGAAAACCGUCUCUACUAAAAAUACAAAAAUUAGGCAUGGUGGCAAGCACCUGUAGUCCCAGCUACUUGGGAGGCUGAGGCAGGAAAAUCACUUGAACCCAGAAUGCGGAGGUGCAGUGAGCCGAGAUCAUGCCACUGAACUCCAGCCUGGGUAACACUUUUUUUUUCUGUCUCAAAGAGAGAGAGAGAGAGAGAGGAUGGGGGAGACUAAGCAGGAAGGCUGUGUCUCCCUUCCCCACACUGUGUUCCAACCAGACAGCUCCCUUCUAUUUUCUAUGUUGGGCUACAAUGAAAAACAAUUCUGCUAGUAAAAAAAAAAAAAUGUUUUAGACGUUUGAAAACUGUGAUUUGACCAAGUUCCUCAUUUUACAGGUAGACAAACUAAGGCCCAGAGAGAGGCAAGGGAUAAUUGUUUCUUGGCGGGGCUGGGCUGAGAUCCUGGUUUUCUGGGUAUGUCUUUUGCUAUUUUGGGCCUAUGUAGGUCUCAGCCCACAGAGCAGAAAUCUGUUGCUUCUGGCCUCAACUGUGCCCCAGCUUACUCAGUGACCUCUUGCAAGUCCUGCCCUCUCUGGUCUCAGUUUCUUCAUCCGAACAAGGGAUACCUUGGAACAAGCUGCUCUCUGCGGGAUCUGCCAUCUGUAACCUUGACCUAAGGGAAAACUACCUGUGGGGUGAUCUGAGUUUGCUGCAGAAACUAACAAACACUGGCGAGGGGCCAGGCCAGGGGGUUUAAACCCGAUUCCACAAUACGAACAUGUCAAAACCAACCUUUCCAACAAGAAUCAGCCUGAUGUGGGUAGACGCUGUCCCUUAUGGGGGGAUGCAGACUUCAGAGCUGUGCCCAUGACUGCUGACUGCCACCACCAAGGCCCUCAGGUACAGAACCUGCCUCCUGCAGGAUGAUGUGGGCAGAUUUCAGCCCUAGUUAACAGAAGAGUCCCCCAGGAGGUAGGGGGCCUCCAUCUCUGGGGACAUGCCAGCAUAGCCUCUGGCCACCUAACCAAGAGGUCUUCUGGAGAGAAAUGACUACUCUAGGUAAGGAAGUAGGAGCAGAUGAUCGCAAAGUUCCCUUCUCACCUGAAAGCUUUUCUUUGUCCCUCCUUAGUACGUUCCAAGCCCUGCUCUAAAGUUCAGUGGUCAAUACAACAGUUCAUUAAGAGAUAGGGAAUGAUUAGAAGUGAAAUUGGUCCCUCCUUACCAAGGAGGGGCAGAUGAUCUCCAUUGCACAGGACGAUUAGAUUCUGGAGCUGAGAUGGGGACUGCAGGAGGCCACCUAGCCUGGUAGGUUUCAGCCCAGGCUGUACAUUAGAAUACCCUUGGGAGCGUGCAGGUAAUAUGGACUCCCGGGCUCCAUCCCAGACCAACUGAAGCUGAAUCUCCAGAAUAGGGCCUGUAUAUUCAUACAAGCUUCACAGGUGAUCUGUAGUACAGUGAGUAUGGGUAUGGCCGACUACGUGUGUACCUAUUUGCAAUAAAGAUGAAGAGGACAGUGAGUGCCAGACAGGAACUGGGAUGAAACUCAGAUCUCUUAACUCCUGGCUGGUGGCUCCUUAAAAGUCCAGAAGUGUUGUCCCAAGCCCUCCCUCAACAUUUCUGGGAACCACAGCUGCAGCACGAUGGGGGUUCAGUGCCUCCAUCUGCCCCUUCCCCAGCCAUAGUUUAUUCUGCUUGUCUGUCUGCACAGGCCAGAUGCCCAAGUUCCUCAUCUUAUUCUCCAUUUACUCAGUCACUGGGGCUCACUCCCGUCUGAUGCGCCAACCAAAUUUGCCUUACAGUGUGCUCCAGAACAGAAGGCCAAAUCCCAGGCAUUGUCAGGGCAGCAGAGCUCCACAGGACAGGCUUACCUGUGUGGCCAACACUUCAGUUUACAAACUCCUCCCACCUCCACUCACUGACACAUGCUAUUCUAACACAGGUCAGGCAGGCAUUACAAUCCCCAUGUUCAGUAGCAAAGACUUAGCCUUAGAGAAGUGAAGAAAUAUCAUGCUGAGGUCACUGGCUGCCAAGUGGCAGAGGUGGGAUUGCAUCCUGAGAGCUUCCCAGAAUGCCUCUGCACAGUGCCAUUCCUUGGCCAGCUCUCUCCACCCCAAGGGACCCAGACUGUACUCUGACAAACAGGACACAGGUGUUUUUGAACAAACUUUUUUUUUUACAUCUAGAAUAAAUUAUUUAAAUUAUUUCACAGCAAGGGAGAGGGAUAGGUAAUUUUUAUCAGAUAUUUUUUUAAGCCAUCUGUUUUUUAAAUUAUGUUUUUGUUUGUGUUCUUGAGCUGAUGUAGUGGAACUGGACCAGCAUUUUCAGGGCCCAGCCAGUUGGCAGAGCAGGCCUUCAUCUCCUGCUCUGGGCGUCCCCUUUCUGUUGACUCAGGAACUUUCUGAGAAUGAGGACAGCACUAGGAGAUGGGCUUUGGUGGGUGUCCACCUUAACGCUACAAUAAUUGUGCUUCCUGGAACAAAACUUGAGAUUGUAUCACAGAAAGAAACAGGAAGUCAGAAAUCAAAUCUAUGCUUUUAAUUGCAACUGUGCCUGACACCGUUUGAAUGAUUGUUUCAAUGUUGUUUCUGAAAUUCCUUGUACCUUUGUGAAAAAUAAUAAUAAAAAUGAAAAUAAAUAGAUGUGGAAUGUGCAUUGAAAAUAAUGUAACAAAAUAAUAAACAUCUGGCCAGACAUUUUACUACA